UGGCCCCUCUCGCUCUCUCUCUCCCCUCUGUGUUCUCGGAGCUGGAAAGUCGAUCCGCGACAAAACGCCCCCAACUCGCCAAAAGGAAAGAAAGCGCCCGGAAGCCGCAGCCCAAAGCUCAGUCGUGCCAGUCCGGAACGUCGCCACAGGAAGACCAAACGCAUCGUCCACAGGAAGCCGCAGCCCCGCGCUUCUCUCUUCUCUCUACACACUCUCUCUCACACACAAUGAGCGCCAACUCGGACCGGAGGUGGAGCCUCGCGCGCGCCACCGAGUUCUUCAGCGGCGACGGCAAGCCCGACAUGCUUGACAUCCGCGGUAUGACGGCCGUAACGAAGGGCGCGGCCGGUAAGCGCGACAAGUUCCGCAAGAGCGUCUCUCGCUGCGGCGUGUCUAUCUACGGUCCGAAACACUCGGCCGCGUCGGCUGGAGACUCGGCCAACCGGGAGAAGAUCUUUAUCGAGGACCCGCGUGCUCCGUGCCUCAAUAUUGACUACUCGAACGACGCGUACCGCUUGUUACCGUCGUCUGAAAAGUUCUCGGCCCACACAGGCGUGUGUCAGAUCCUGGGCACCAAGUGUAUCCGCGGCGGGAAACAUCGUAUCAGGGUGGGCGACAUCAUUCGCUUCGGCAGUGUCGGUCUGUUGGUCACGGAGAUCGACACGGGAGGCGUCGGCCCGAACGACGCGACACUGAGCCCCUCAGAGGUCAACAGCCUCAUCCAACGCGUCGUGUGCCACGAUGAAGCCCUGGCCGACGUGGACAGCGGCAUGGACACGGACGACGAGAACGGAGACGCGUCGGGUAACGACGAAUCCAAGCCCCGCUCGUCUCUGCAGAGGCAGAGCACCAGCGCCAUCUGCUACGUGUGCUAUGACGAGACAGAGGACGACAACCCGCUCAUCGCUCCUUGCAAGUGCUCGGGCGACACGAAAUACAUCCAUUUGAACUGCCUCAAGCGCUGGAACACGAACGGCGAGAAGAAUGAGAUCUGUACCGUACUGGACGAAAGUAACGCCCGCACCUGCUCCAUCUGUAAGGCCCCGUAUCCCAGCAAGACGCGGCUGCCCAAUGGCAAGGUACUGUCACUCCUGCCAGACAGACUGAACCCCCCGUGUAUCAUGUUCCAAGUCGUGACGAAGCACUCGUCAUCAACACUGAACUUGUCCACGCGCUACCAGUUGAGCUACAAGAUGCUCAUGGACAACGACAUUCAUCGGCCACUUAUGGUCGGACGCUCGUCGCAGUGCGACCUGGUGCUCAAGUACCGCACAGUGUCGACUAUCCACGCCGAGAUCCACUACUCGAAGGGCGAGUUCUUCCUCAAGGACGCCGGUAGCUCUAACGGCACGCUGCGGUACAUUUACCGUCCGUUGACGCUGCAUAACAACCAAUCGCUGCACGUCAAGUUCGGCCGCACGGUAUUAUCCAUCAAGCCGACCAAGAAGAUCCGACUGCCGCACUUCUUCGGCACGGCCGGCCACCUCCACGCCAGUGGCUCACGAAUGGAAGACAGCGGCGUCCAGGACGACGACGAGCUGUCCAACACGUCCACUCCUCGUAACAAUAGAAUCCGAUACUACGCGGCGCAGCAACAGGUGCCGACGCAGCAGCAACAGCGCCAGAAUUUGCAGACGCAGAUGCAAAACUUAGAUCUGUAACGACGCAAAAUGUGUGCGCGCUCGUUGGCUUGGACCGGAUUCCGUUUGCGUCAAGACUUCCCUUCCCCGCCGCCAUCGGCCGAGCCGCUCUUGUACCAUCACCUUCAAGAGCCGAUGCUUGGGAUAUCGAUCACCUUCGACUUUGGCCUUCCCGUGCCUCUUUGUUUUAAUUACUUAUUCGACCCAAGACACCCAGAAAAAAAAACUACAGAAACAGAAGAGAGGCCGGUAGCAGCAAAUUUAUUUGUCUGUGAAUGAAGUGACCACGUCGUCUGAAUGAAGAAAAAGUAUACCAGAAAAAAGAUGAAGUUAUGGUGGUGUGCGGUUGGAGCAAUCGCUACCUGGUUGGCGAACGAGUGCCGAUAGUAAACGUUACCGCGUAAGUUCGGGCACAUCGUGGUGGUAUUGGAAGUAGCGGUGCGAACCUGGCCUACAGCGUUUAGGAACAUUCAUAUUCUACAUCUUGUAAUAACAGUUUGCGAAUUGGCUUUCUAAAUUUUAGCAAGAACGCAAGAUAAACAACAUCAACACGUAGUUUUCAGCAAUUGCGUUUUUGCAGCA